AUGGCGGAUGGAGGAGAAAGCUCCCCACCGAUCAAGCUUUCACCGAGUGCCUCAAGGACGAGUCUGGGCUCGGAUGCCUCCGCGAAGACGCUGAGGAAAGCCAGCUUCCUUGGCCCCGACGACAAUGCCUCGGCAAACGCGUUCACCUUGCGGAACUUCACCCUUCAGGACCGGCUCGAGACGAAGAUCAAAAACGAGAUAAAGAGUACGAAAUCCAUCAGUUUGGAGCACACGCACAAGGCUGAGGACAACCAUGAAAAGAACAAG